AUCUAUUUCAACUCAUUCUCCUGAGAGAUUUUAAAUUGAUUUUGAUGAUUUUCUUUGAAUAUGAGGAUAGAUUUCACUUAUUUUACUUGAUUUCUUUUAAUUUCAUUGCAUUUGAUGAGACCCAUUUGGGGUUUGACUGGCCUUGUUGGCGACAAAUCUGCUGUUUAACCCCAAUCUUGAUCCCUGCCCAUCUCCAUCAAGCAGCAGCAAAUAAAACUGAGGAAUUAAAGUAAGGUUACAUUAAUUAAAGAUCUCUCCUUUGAUUAUUUGGAUGAGUUCAUAAGCAGUUUAGUUUAAUCUGUUGUAAUUACCAUCUAAUAUAUUGAUUUCUAAUAGUCUCCGCUAGCUACUAAAGUUUUAGUUUGAUUGAGCCGAAAUGCAUAAAACAGAGCCUGAAACUAAUGAAAGCACCCCAAAGAUGAAUGUGGCAAUGGCAAGUAUGAUUGUCCCCGAACUUCUGGAAAGAGGCAACUAUAAGAAAUGGAGUAUCUUCAUGAAAAACUACUUAGUUUCUCAAGAUCUUUGGGUGGUGCUUACUCAUGAGGGCUCCCUCGCUCCUAAGUUCCGCUGCUUCAUUCCUACUGGAAUCUCGAAAAGGGAGUGGAGAAGAAAGGCAGCUGCCGCUCUGCAUGCAAUUCAGAUUUCAUGCGGAGCAGAAAAAUUUAAUCGGAUAAAGAAUUGCUAUUACGCAAUAGACGCUUGGCAUGAGUUGAAAAAACUAAACGCUGAAGAGAAAUCAAAAAUAGAUAAUUCAGAAGAAGAGGAAGAAGAAGAGGAAGAAGAAAAAGAAGAAGACGGUGAUGAUGAUGAUGAUGAUGAUGAUGAUGAUGAUGAUGAUUAUGAUUAUGAUGAAAUUCCAAAUGAUGAUGAUGAUGAUGAUGUAGAAACUUCAAAGAUUACUGCUGCGAAUAUGAUUGUCCCCGAACUUCUAGGACGUGACAACUAUGAGAACUGGAGCAUUUACAUGAGAAUCUAUUUAGUUUCUCAGGAUCUUUGGGAUGUUGUUACACUGAUUAUGCCUGAUUCUGGACUUUAUACAAAGGAAUGGAUUAAAAAAGAUGCUUCCGCUCUGCAUGCAAUUCAAAUUUCAUGUGGAGCAAGAAAAUUGGCGCUGAUAAGGCGUGCUAAAUCCGCCAAAAAUGCUUGGAAUACUUUGCAGUCAGCCGCCAAAAAAGAGUGGUCGCAAAUUGAUGAUGAGCGUGAUAUUGCUUAUUGGUUUCGAAUAAUAGGUGGUUUCCGAACUAUAGAAUGGGAUCAGUCCCUAAUUUUGCAUGAUGCAAUUAACAGAGGAGACGUUGAUGCUAUAAUAAGGAGCUUUCUAACGAAUAAUCCCGGACCCGGAAGUUUGGCACAUUGGACAGGUGACUUUCCUCUUCAUUACGCAACUAUGGUUGGCAACUUAAACGUUGUCCAGGCAUUGGUUGAGAGUAUGCCUCUAGAGCAAGUACAAAAAAAAGAUGUAUUUAUUGGUACAGCUCUACGCUAUGCUGCUAUAUUUGGUAAAAUCGAGAUUGCGGAAUACUUGGUUGGAAAAGAUUCCACUUUGCUUUCUGAGGAAGAUAAAAAAUCUAAAGAAAUCCCGGUUGUAACGGCGUGUAGACGAGGGCAUGAGAAGCUGACGUCCUUUCUCUAUUCUGCAACACCAUUCGAAAUCCUAAUGGACAAGAACGGAAAACAAGGAUCCAAAUUACUUCUCCAGUGUUUACAAGCCAAAAGAUUUGAUAUCAUGUUUGAUGCGCUUCACCGUGACGAUAGUUACAGUUUGAUUGAUGAAAAUUGGAAGGAUCUUCUGGAUGGAUUCGCCCGAGCACCAGCAGCAUCCUUCACUAGAAGUGGGCUAAAAUUUUGGCAACGGUGGAUCUAUGA